AAAUACAAAACGCUGAAAGUGAAACAAAUUUCUCUAAUUCGCAAACCAACUUUUCUCAUCUCCAUCUAAAGAAAAAUCUUCAAGAUUCAUACUUUUUCAACUUCUUUUGUGAAAUUGUUUGAUACCCAAUUGAGAAAAAUGAGUGUUUUACAAUACCCUGAAGGGAUUAAUCCAAAAGAUGUUCAGAUAUGGAACAAUGCUGCUUUUGAUAAUGGUGAUUCUGAAGAUUUUUCUUCAUUGAAACGUUCUUUUGAAUCUGAUAAAUCAAGUAAGGAGAAUCAAACUCCUAAUUCAUCUGUUAAUUUGUCAUCAAAUGGGGUUUUGGUGAAUUCAAGAAUCAAGUCAAAUAAGCCUAUGAAAACUAGAAAGAGUGGAAAGGAUAAUGAUUUGCGCGAUGAAAAAAAGAUUGAUGAGGAAAUUGAAGAGAUAGAAAUGGAGAUUAGUAGAUUGAAUACAAAAUUACAGGCGUUGAGAAUUGAAAAGACUGAAAGAAGUGUUGUCAAGAAUGUUGAAAAAAGAGGAAGAGUUGUUGCAGCAAAGUUUAUGGAACCAAAAAUGAGUGCUAAAUCAAAUGUGCAAAGAAGGGGUCUAAGUUUAGGUCCAUCUGAGAUUUUUGGUGCAACGCGUCGAGGUUUAAGUAUGGGGCCAUCAGAGAUUCUUGCAGCAACAAAGGCAAAACAUUUUGGCAAACAAGAAAUGAAUAUUACACCUGUUCAGCCAAUACAAAACAGGCGAAAAUCUUGUUUUUGGAAGCUUCAAGAGAUUGAAGAAGAGAGUAAAGAAAGGGGAAAAAGUUCAGUUGUAGCAAGAACUAUGGUGCCUCCAAGACAGGCAGUUACUACAAUUGCAUCAAAGAAGAAUGUGAAAAAGGAUGAUGGUUUUUUAAGUUCAGUUCAGCCAAAGAAGUUAUUCAAAGAUGGCGAAAAGUCUAACAAGAAGCCUCAGAGGCCGGGUAGGGUUGUGGCUAGUCGAUACAAUCAGGGAACAAAUCAGUCAUCAGUAGCGAGAAAGAGGUCUUUGCCUGAGAAUGAUAAGGAUAUUGAGAUUAAGAGAAAUGAAAAGAAAAGAUCUUUGUCUGUAGGGAAAACGCGUGUAUCGGAUAGCAAAAAUUUGGGUAUUGAAAGUAGUAGUAGUAGGGUGAAAAAGAGAUGGGAAAUUCCUAAUGAGAUUGUAGUUCAUGCUAGCACAGAGAGCGAGAAGUCUCCAUUGAGUAUUACUGUGAAGCCUGAUUUGCUACCGCCAAUUAGGAUCGCUCGGAGCAACGUUAAUGAGACCCCGAGGGAUUCUGGACCUGCUAAAAGAGUGGUAGAGUUGGUAGGGAAGAAGUCUUUUUUCAGCAAUGAUGAAGAUAAGGAGCAGUCAGUUUGUCAAGUUCUCAGUUUUGCAGAGGAAGACGCUGAAGAGGAAUAAAAAUAAUGUGAAAUAAGGGGAGCUAACCCUUUUCGUGAUAUUUCAAUUUUUAGUCCUGUCUUUUAAUUUUUUGUUCAUUCUUAUCUGAGGCAUUGAAUUGAGGAAGCAUUCUUUGGCUUCCUCAGAUUAGUAUUCUAGAUUCUGAAUUACAUGUUUGGUACUAUAUGAAUAAGGGUACUAUUGCUUCUUGUUAUAUACUAGGUUGUGUCAGAAGCAUUGCAUUACUGAGAAUUUAUACUGGAAGAAGCUUUCUUCUUUGCUUCACAAUUUUCUUUU